AUGGCCUUCGUGGUCCGACGCCCUUUCGCUCUUACCCUGACCCUCAAACAGCUCCCAAAGACCACCAAAGCACCCCUCCGAGCUUUCCAUCAAGCUUCCCGCCAGAGCACCACUUCUACAUCCACUUUCAACAAACCCUCGCCCCUCCUCUCACAAGCUCGCCAUGCCUUCUCGAAACGCAGCUACAACACGCCCUCAGCCAACUACGCCAACCCUGCCGCCUCCGGCAACUUAACGCAACGGCUCCUCUAUGGCGCCACUCUCGUCGGCGGCGGCAUCCUCGCCACUAACCUGGUCUUCAACCGCGAGACGCGCGAAGAUGGAGGCAUGCCACCCUUUGAGCGGCAGUACCUCAACGACACAUUCAUGCACACGGGACUAGGGCUAGGUAUGAUCGGUGUGGCGGCGACAGCGCUGCACAGGAGCGGGUGGUCCUACCGGUUGAUGAGCAUGAGUCCGUGGGUCGUUGUUGGUGGAGGCUUAGUGUUGAGUAUUGGGAGUAUGUUAGGGACGAGGAUGGUGGCGCCUGAAAACUACGUACCGAAAUACGCCCUCUGGUCCGUCUUCAACGUAUCUCAAGCCUUAGUCCUCUCACCCCUUCUGUUCCUUCAGCCUGCCCUCCUCGCCCGAGCAGGCCUCUACACCGUUGCCAUGAUGGGCAGUAUCUCCUUCGUCGGCGCGACAGCCAAGCAGGAGAAAUAUCUUUGGCUCGGCGGACCCCUUUUAGCGGGUUGCGCGCUUGUCGCAGUUUCCGGCUUUGCUCCCCUCUUACUGCCUGCAACAGCAACACGGACGUUGAUGUGGACGGAGAAUAUCUGGCUGUAUGGUGGACUCGCUGUAUUCGGAGGCUUCACGUUGUGGGAUACGCAAAAGAUAUUACAUCAUGCGAGAUUGGCCGAGCGAGGAUUCAUGAAAAAGGAUCCCGUCAACGAGAGCAUUUCGCUUGAGCUGGACUUUUUGAACAUAUUUAUCAGGAUGGUGCAGAUACUGGGACUGCAGAAUCGGAAGAGGUAG